GACGUCUGCUGGAGUUCAUCGUUCUGCUCUGCUGCUCAACAAACUCAGUCCUCCCAGUUCGUCUGACUGUGAGUCCCAGCAGAUCUCAGUUCUUUGAAUAUGAAUCUGUGACUCUGACCUGUGAGGAUGGAUGGACUGUGAGGAGAAACACAACCAGAGGAACCAUAACUCAGUGUGGAGAUCAAUGGGGAGAAACUGAUGGUUCCUCCUGCAGCCUGAUCUACCUCCUCCCAUUAGAUACUGGUCUGUACUGGUGUGAGUCCAUGUCUGGAUCCUCCAGCAGCAGCAGCAGCAUCCAGCUCUCUGUCUCUGGUGGAUCAGUGAUCCUGCAGAGUCCUGUCCUCCCUGUGAUGGAGGGAGAUGACGUCACUCUGAGCUGCAGAGCAAAGAAUCCAACCCACAACCUCCCAGCUGCUUUCUAUAAAGAUGGCUCCUUCAUUGGUGAUGAAACUACUGGCAACAAGAUUCUCAACUCGGUGAAGAAAUCUGAUGAAGGCCUCUAUAAAUGUAAUGUCAAAGGUCAUGGAGAGUCUCCAUCCAGCAGGAUCUCUGUCAAAGAGAGAAUCUCCUCCACUCCUCCUUCCUCCUCCACCUCUUCUUCCAGUUCCCAGUCUCCGAUGGAUUCUUCCUCUCCCAGUCUUCCUCUUCCUCUUCUUCUCUCUCUCUGUCUUGCCUGUGUUUGUCUCGUCUUCGUCUUCCUGGUUCUGCUGCUGAAAUGUUUUGUCAGGAGGAAACCUGAAGUUGUUGAAGAUGAAGAUCCGUCACACAGUGAUGAUAUUUUACAAACCCGACUGCAGCCAAUCAGAUGCAGCGUUGAGAACGAUUCAUCUGCUGUUUAUUCAUACGUCAGAAAAGGAAACAACACAGACAGAACAAAAAGGACCAAAGAUCUUCAUCCAGAGCCAGAGAUCAUCUACUCUUCCCUCCUGAUCCACCAGUGACGUCCAUCUACUGGUUUAACUGGUCCGUCUGCCUCACUCCACCAGACUGGACUGGAGUUUAUUCAUGUUGGUUUAUGAUCUGGUUUUCUUAUUAAAAUAUUACUAAAACUCUGAAUAAAUGUUGCAUUAUAAUAAAAACUGCAUCGCUUCAUAAAACCUGUCAGUUUUUUCAAAUGUUGUUUUUAAUAAGUUAUUUUUUCAGAAAUAAUA